AGUCGAAUUGAGUUUUGCCGUUGGGCUCUAAGUCACCGACUCACUCUCGCACAGUCGCAGGUAACAAACACAUUCUGUCUCUGCCGCUUCCACCGAUUUCGAUUCUUACAUCUUCCUGAUAUCGAUCUAUGCAUUUCAUUGUUUCAUCGCGGCAUGCUUGAAUUUGCCCGCAAGGAAAAAUAAGAACAUGCCGUCUCUGCAAACCGCACUGCCUCCUGAGCUCGCGAAUAAUGUGAUCAGACUUUACCGCGAGUGUCUUCGAAGAGCUAAAUAUGUUGGUCAUCGGCAACACAAUACGGAACUUGUGGUUGAUAUGGUGCGGCAGCAGUUCAAGAAACAUAUGCUUGAGACAGAUCCAGAGAAGAUUCAAAAGUUGAAGGAUGAUGCCGCAAGGGGACUUAUAAAUCAUAUACUAUUCGAGUCGGAGAGGCUGUCUGGUCGUAAAUUCAGCAGCUCUUGAUGUCAAGGUUUUCAGUUUCUUUCUGAGGUUCCAGUUUGUUGUAUUGGGUGAAUUUUUGUCAGCAAAAUAAGUGAUACCGUCGAUGUAAGAUUUAA